AGAGCAGAGCAGGAGAGAGGGAGCCACAGCACAGCACAGUGAGAGAGUGUGUGUGUAUGAGCCCGCCUGCCUGCCUGCCUUCCUGCCUUCCUGCUAGCCUGCCUGACUGUGUGAGUGUGUGUGUGUGUAUGUGAGAGGGAGAGUCAGUAAGCGUGUGGAUACUACUCCACCAGACUGCAUGUCUCUGGCGACACUAGGGGAGCAGCACACACAUUACAGAGAGUAGGGCUGAACCAGAGUUCUGACAGAACUGCAGGCCAGAAGGACACCAGGACAGUGUGCGGCGGAGUGAGCAGACAAUACAGACAGACAGACUACACAAGGCCUAGCUCAGAAGCCCUAUCAUGGCAUCCAACAACACAGCAAGCAUCGCCCAGGCCAGGAAACUGGUAGAGCAGCUGAAGAUGGAGGCCAACAUCGACAGGAUAAAGGUGUCCAAAGCAGCAGCAGACUUAAUGUCAUACUGUGAAGCCCAUGCCAAAGAAGACCCGCUCCUAUCGCCGGUGCCCGCAUCCGAAAACCCUUUUAGGGAGAAGAAGUUCUUCUGUGCCAUCCUGUAAACAGGAUGUGGUUUAUUUGGUCUGCUCAUCUUGGGACAUGAACGAGGACGUUCAAUAUGUAGACAUCUUCUAACAGGAGGGCUUGGUGAAGUACUAGUGCCCCUUUCUCUACAAUGGCACCUAAAGAGUGCAAUUAAAAACCACAGAGUAACACGUUACCAUUUACAGAGGUUAAGGGGUGUGCAGCAUGUUUGAUGGAUUCAUCUGUGUAGUCAGAUUACAACAGAAGAUAAGUGUGGUUAUCCACCCAAAAACAUGAUGGACAACCAAUCAACCAAGUCUUCAGGUUGUGUUGGGUUUUUAAAAAUGAAGGAAAAAACAACAAAAUAUUGUGUGGUUCUUUUGGAACUUGAAAUCCAAGCUUUUGACUGGUACUGUAUGUGAUUACUGAAACGGCUGUUUAAACUUCUCUUUUUUUACAUCCGAGUUGAUGAAAGCUUUUUAAUGGAAAGUUUGAACAUUCAAUUCAGUGAUAUUCUUUACAGACAUGUUUCUUUAAACCUCUGAGAAUAGUUUUUUCUUCAGUAUCUAAACAUAUAUCUGGCAAUGUGAUACGGUAUUUGUUUCCUUCAGAUACAAGCUCUCUUUUUACUAUUUGUAUAAAAAUGCUAGCAAGUAAACGUGUGUUGUGCUGUGCGUUCUGAAUGUUUGUGUUGAUACCAUUAAUAAUUGCAUGAAAUUAUCAAACAACAAUUUUUUCUUUUGUUUUAAUGUAGAGAUUGUAUGAACAAGGCAGACUCCGUCUGGUAGUGCCAACUGUAUUAAAAUGAUAAUAAUGAUUC